AACGCAGCGUCAGUCGCAAGAUGAUUCGGGAAGUGCUGAUCGGCUGUUUCUUGGCUGGGGCUUCGGCCUCCAUGCUGCGUGAGGUGUACAAAAAUCGACCCAUCCAGUCAGGUCCGCAGCAGACUAAGAAAGGUCCUGGGGAAGCCUUGUUCCUAACCCCCUUCAUCGAAGAUCAUCAAUACGAUCUCGCGAAAGAGCUCAGCAAAGUCGGACCUAUCAAUGGCGUCAACAUUCCGAGUUACGCCGGCUAUUUCACAGUCAAUAAGACCACGGAAUCGAAUAUGUUCUUCUGGUUCUUCCCAGCGUUGAACGAAGAUGCUAAUGCCCCGACCCUGCUAUGGCUACAAGGUGGACCCGGGGGUUCGUCUCUUUUCGGAUUGUUCGUUGAGCACGGUCCCCUCGAGAUCACAGCCGACCAAUUUGCGAAGCUCCGGAAAACCACCUGGGCCGCCAAGUUCAACCUGUUGUAUAUCGACAACCCCGUCGGAACCGGUUUCUCGUUCACGAAGCACGACGAAGGCUAUGUUACGAACCAGAGCGAGGUGGGGAGGGAUCUAUUCGAAGCUCUGAAUCAGUUCUUCACUGUCUUCAGCGAGUACGCCAACAACGAUUUCUACGUCACGGGGGAGUCCUACGCCGGAAAGUACGUGCCCGCCGUCGCCUACACCAUCCACAAAAACCAGGACAAGGCCAAGAUGAAGCUCAAAGGCAUCGCCAUCGGCGACGGUCUCUGCGAUCCGGUCACGAUGCUUGACUACGGCGACUUCCUGCAGAGCAUCGGUCUCCUCGAUGACGCUCAGGCUGAUCAUUUCCGGAGCGAACAGGCCAGAGCCAAGGCCUUCAUCGAAAAGGAAGAUUGGCGUAACGCCUUCCUCAUCUUCGAUCAGCUUCUAAACGGCGACAAAUUACCGAACGGAACUCUGCCCUAUUUCCGACAAAUCACUGGCCUAAACUUCUAUUACAACUACUUGCUGACUAAGGAACCUGCCUCUUUCGGCUACUACAACGCUUUCGUUCAGAGCGAGAAAACUCGAGCCGCCAUCCACGUUGGGAACCUGACGUAUAACGAUGGUUCAGUGGUGGAAACGAAGCUCGAGAACGACGUGAUGAAAUCAGUCAAACCCUGGAUCGCCGAGCUCAUGGAGCACUACAAAGUCAUGAUCUACAACGGUCAGUUGGACAUCAUCAUCGCUUACCCCUUGACAGCUUCGUUCGUGAAAUCCAUUGAAUGGAGCGGAGCUAACGAUCUGUCCGGAGCCGAGCGUAUCGUCUGGAAGAGCCUCAAGACGGGUGAGCCCGCAGGAUACGUCAGGAAGGUCAGGAAUUUCACCGAGGUCAUGGUCCGGAACGCCGGGCACAUUCUCCCCUACGAUCAGCCGGACAACGCUCUCGACAUGAUCGAUCGAUUCGUCAACGACAAACCCUUCAACUGAGCUCCGGGGAGAACACUCAGAACUGGAAGAACCCUCGAAAGACAUUAAUGAGAUAAUAAAAAAAUUGUGCAAAUCUAGAA